AUGGAGCGGUGCGCUGGCCUCAGCGGCGUGUGCUCUUCGCGGGGAUGCGGGUGUCGUCAGCAGCGCCAGGGCCCAGCGGAGACGGCGGCCCCGGCAGAGAAGCACGUCGAGGCGGACGCGGCAGCGCUGUGCUGUGCGGGGAGUGGAGGGAUCGCGAGCCCCAGGCCGCCCACGCCGCCCCCGCGCUGCUCGCUGCAGGACCUGCCGGUGGAGGUGCUGGUGGAGAUCUUCGCCUCGCUCCCCGGCACCGACCUGCCCAGCCUGGCCCAGGCCUGCACCCAAUUCCACAGCAUCCUGCACACCGACAGCAUCUGGAGACGGCGCUGCCGGGAGGAGUACGGCCUUGGCGAACACGUGCAGGACCUGGGGGUGAUGGGUGUGUCUUGCCGAGAAGUCUAUACAAAGCUGCUCCACCCACACAGACACAUUUUGGGGUUGUGGCAGCUAGAUACUGAUCCCUACAGAGAACUGCUGAAAGUAGGGGUGGACGGCUUGGGCAUCACUGGUUGGAAGUACCUGCCUCCCCGUAACCGCCGUGUGGAUGGCCCGAUGCACCUGAAGCCCUCGUUUAGAAUCCGCCUGACGGAGCGGAAGUCGGCCUCGGUGGAGUGCAUAGAAGGCUCCAGCAGCAGGUCCCACAGCUUUCACAUCCAGAUUCAGAAGGAUCAGUUCACCACCAAGUGCAACCGGCUAGACCACCACAGGAUGUCUGGGUGUAUCGGAAGGGAUUUUCCAAGUUGGGUGAGGGAAGAAAGGGGGCUGGAGGACAGACUGUUAAGCUACCACCAUUCUGACUGCCUGACCUACCGCCGCAUCUACCUCCCGCCGAGCCACCCGGACGACCUCAUCAGGCCAGGCCUCUUCAAAGGCACCAGCGAAGCCGGCAGACUGAAGAUUGCCAUGCUCAGCUUCCAGGGGAAGCAUGCCAGGGCCACGAAGAUCACGGGAGACCCCGCCAUCCCUGCCUGGAAGGAGACGUUAGAGAUCCACCUCAGGCACCGCAUCCAGCUGCCAAAUGCCAAGAUCCUCCGCAGCUUCAACGUGCUCUCCCGCAUCGUCCGGGCGAUGCACGAGCAGGUGACCCGGGAGCAGCAGGAGGAAGAAGACGGGCCUGAGGACAGCCCUGCCCAGCCCGGCGUCGGGGGCUCCGGGGCUGCAGCUUUGGAGGAGCAGCCCGCCCGCAGCUUUGUUCUGCCCGAGGGCGUGCGCUCCAGAGACCAGAACUGCCCCCGAACCUACAGGAUGUGUUUCUAUGGCAUGGACAUGGUUACCUUCUAUGGCUUCACCUACACCCAUCGCUUCCCUGGAAUCGUCUUCCUGUUCGAUGAGAACCACUUCGGGUUCCUCUGUUUGGACCUGAAAUGCUUCAUCCUGUACAGCAGAGUCCAGGACACCUUCCAGAAUGUGGAGGCCCCUUCCCCACAGGCCUUCCUGGAGAUGCUCGAGAACAUUCAGUCCCUACCCCUGGGUGGAGCAGCUUGCACUUUGAAGAUUUGA